AUGGAUCGGACCAACCACUACAAGCCUCCAAUACACCCCCAGUUAAAUGCCAGCAAUCACGUUUCUCCGAGUUGUCGUGUGUUAGCCGGUUUGACCUGGGUGUCACCUAAUGCCUCGCUGGACCGGUUGGACUUGAACGCACUGCAUCGGUGGACCGGUCCCAGAGCUGAAAGACCGGCGGUGCUGUUCGACAGCAUGCAAAGUCCUGAUUGGUAUACCCGUACAAAACAUUGGCAUCCAUGGAUACCUCACGACCUAGCUGGGAUUCGAUGGCACCUAGGGCAUGGUGACCCAUCCCUGAGCUGGGAUGAUGAAGCUGGGGCAAAACAGGAUCUUGUGGUCAUGGUCAAAAUCUUGGGUGCCAUCUAUCGGGGUCUCUGCCCUGAGGGCCCUAAACCUGAUAAUGCUUACCGCAUUAGUGAUCUGGAUCUCAGUCUCCCACAGUCCCAGGAUCAAGCUCGGAAUUUCAUGCUUUCCACUAGUGGUUAUAUCCGGUGGUUACUAGCACAUCGUCAUCAUGACGUGGUUGAGUGCAUGAUUAGGUGGUGUCGACACACGAGCGCGAAGCGCGAGUGUGGAGAUGUGAAAGCUGUGAGAGGAGACUAUUCGGUAGCAAGUUUGCCCUCGCUUUGUAAACAUAGGAAGGAUAAGGGUAUAUUAGUUCCCGGAUCUAUCUAG